UUAAUCUCGUCGAUUUCGAUUUGAUAUUUCAGAAUAUUUGUUGAUAAACUGCAGUUUAAAUUGUAAUUUUCGCGAUGAAAUACGUAAAAUUCGUGAAUAUUGCAAGUUCGCGUUCCUUCGAAGGAUAAAUUUCACCUCGCAGCAUCGUUACUUCCAUGUUUCACGAUCUGAUGUAAAGUAAUCGAUGUGUUUUUCCCUCUUGUGAACCACAGCUGCAGAAGAAAAUGAAUAUAACUUAGUAACGAUCAAUUCGAAAGGCUUAUGCCUCUCUGAAAGAAGUAACUCAACUAUGGUGAUAAGAUGUAGUUUGAAUCACUUUAGGAAACUCAACUUCAAGAAUUCCACUUCACUCGCCGUCAUCUCACUCAUCUCACUGGUCAGUUUCCUGUAUCUUUCUUCGCUGGUGCAUAAACCGAAGGAAGAAGUCGUACAUGUCAAUUCUACGCAGAAGAACUUCAUCAGAAUGGGAGAAAGAGUUAUAAUUCCUGCCAACGCUAGUAUAUCCGAACGUAAUAAUAGUUGCAAUCUUUACAACUGUUUCGAUAUUUAUAAAUGUGGUAAAAACGGCGAGCAGCAGAUCCACAUCUACGUUUAUCCAUUGAAACAGUAUCUGAACAGCGAAGGAAGGCCGAUAAUUCAUCGACUGAGUAGAGAAUUUUAUAGCAUAGUCGAGAGUGUUUCACGUAGUAAAUAUUAUACUUCGGAUCCAAAUCAAGCUUGCGUAUUUUUACCUCCUUUCGAUACCUUGGCUCAGGAUAAUUUUUUAGUUCGAGAAACAUCCCAAGCGUUGAAUCAUUCUCUACCUUAUUGGAAUAAUGGCGAGAAUCACAUCAUUUUCAACAUGUUACCGGAUAAACACAGCAGUGUGGUGGAAUUGGGCACAGGAAAAGCGAUGAUAGCUGGAGCUGGCUUUGAUUCGUGGACAUAUCGGUCUAAAUUUGACAUAUCAUUGCCUGCAUUUAGUCCUUACGCAAAUACUCCUCGUAAAUGGUCUGAAAUUCAAAGAACUUGGCUGGUGACUAGUUCACAAUUAAAUGUGCAUUCUGUGUUUCUGCAUAAAAUUAAUCAAUUGUCCAAGGAUCAUAAAGAGAUGAUUGUAUUGAAAGGAUGUGCUCACGCGAAUAUUUUGUUUCGUUGUAUCAACGAUACCAAGUACCCGUAUCCGGCUGUUUUACAGAAUUCGAAAUUUUGUUUGAUUUUACGAGGCACGAGAUUGACUCAACCGGCACUUCUGGAAGCGAUGGCUGCUGGUUGUAUUCCGAUAGUUGUUUCUGAUACGUUGAUUAUGCCUUUUCGCGAGGUUAUUGACUGGAGAAGAGCUGCUCUUUUCAUUCUGGAAGACGAUCUGAAUUCGGUGAUCGAUUUGACCAAAUCCAUUUCUCAAAAUCGAAUAGAAGAGAUGUCGGCUCAAUGUGUUUGGCUGUACUCAAAAUACUUCAGUUCGAUGGAAGCCAUCACAAAUACCACGUUGGAUAUUUUAAACCAACGUGUUUUUCCACAAAAUGCCCUUUUCUACGAAGACUGGAAUUUGAGAACAAACUUGAUUGGAGCACGUUCUCCUCUAAUUCUUCGCACAAAAUCUUAUUCGUCCGGUUUCACCGCUGUGGUGUUGACUUACGAUAGAGUGGAAAGCUUAUUUUUACUAAUCGAAAGACUCGCUUUGGUUCCCAGUCUAUCGAUGAUUUUAGUCAUAUGGAAUAAUCAACGAAUAGCUCCGCCCGAAGCUUCGAAGUGGCCAAAAAUAAGCAAACCGUUGAAAAUCAAACAAACCAAAGAGAACAAGCUGUCGAACCGAUUCUAUCCGUACGAGGAAAUUGAAACGGAAGCUGUGUUAUCGUUAGACGAUGAUAUAUCGAUGCUGACGGAAGACGAAUUAGAUUUCGGUUUCGAAGUAUGGCGAGAAUUUCCUGACCGAAUCGUGGGAUUUCCGUCCCGAACACAUGUUUGGAGCAAUGUGUCGGAAUCGUGGCGAUACGAGUCGGAAUGGACGAAUGAGAUAUCAAUGAUUUUAACCGGUGCCGCUUUUUAUCACAAAUACUGGAAUUAUUUGUACACUACGUCGAUGCCUGGUGAAAUUAAAGAAUGGGUGGAUCAACAUAUGAAUUGCGAAGAUAUAGCCAUGAAUUUUCUAGUCGCCAACGUCACAAAUAAAGCUCCUAUCAAGGUUGCACCGAGGAAAAAAUUCAAAUGCCCCGAAUGCACGAAUACCGAAAUGUUAUCAGCCGAUUUACAUCACAUGGUCGAAAGGUCCAAAUGCAUCAAUAAAUUCACCGAAAUUUAUGGCAGGAUGCCUUUGAAAAAAGUCGAAUUUCGAGCCGAUCCAGUCCUCUAUAAAGACAGUUUUCCGGCCAAAUUAAAACGGUUCAAAAAUAUAGGUAAUUUAUGAACCGUAUUUCUCAAUGCAUUUGUCGAAUAAUAGGUUUCGACAUCUGUGCCAUUCUAAGACCAUAUCAGAAUCAGAUGAUGAAGGUAGCAGCGAACGAACAAGGAUGUGGAAUGUGUUACAUACUUCCUCGUUGGAUCCUUGCCCUCGAUAUCACGUCUGUGAGGUGGUUUGUAUUGUGUAUGUAGAGAUGUAUUAUUUUGUAAGUAUUUAUGCAAUUUUAUACACGACGAUUCGUAUUUAUCUAGUCUUGAUCUAAAUGUAUUAUUUUCUACAAAGACACUCUCAUCCGCGUUAUAUUAUUUUAUUUAGGUGUGUACGGAAUUACGGAUAUAGCUAGUCUUGUGGGUGAUGGGAAUUGGGAAGGGUAAUGGUAAAAAAUAAUUUUACUUCGUGGUUUUAAUACCUGUAUAAAUUGCAGUAUUUUACCUAAUUUAAAUUUCUUCUUGAUUAUCGUUUUCAUAAUUAAUUAAAUAUCCAUCAAUGUCACCUGAUUACUGCAUUUAGUUACCAUUGUACGUAUUUUUUAAUUGUUCGUGUGUAAAAGUGUGUAAAUGAUGAUUGUAUUUAUGUUAUUUUAAAUUUUUUUACGAUGUAUUUCAACGUACUAUUUAGGUAAUUUUUGUAUUAAAGUCUGAACUCUGUGAUAAGCAUUUGUUUUUAUACGUACGACUCGAUUUUAAACAAUUAAGUCGUUAAUAAGAUACUUAGUUUGUAAAAAUGUAUAUUUUUUAUGUAUUUGUACAUACGAGUUGAUAGGGUUUAUGUUAUAGUUGUAAAAGAGCUGCCGUAUUUUAAUUUGUAUCGUGUGUUUUUGUGUGUGUAUUUUUUUUAAUUUCAAAGUUUUCUUUACCCAUUUAUCACUUUGAGAAUUGAGAAUAUCACUUUUUCAUUCAUUUCAUUUUAUUUUUUUGUCAACGUCACUUAUAAAAAUUAUUUUAACAUAUCGUAACGAUUCCGUUCGUCGAAUUUUGUGUAAUUUUAUUAAUCAAAUCAAACGAUUAUUAGUACUCGUAGAUUUAUCGAUCAAAUUAUUACCUAGUGAAGUAGUCAAUUGACGAAUUUUUCAACGAAGCUUUUAUCUAAAACAUAUUUCUAUGUGUUUGUGAAUUGACAAUAUGGAAAUGGUUUUUGAGACCAUUUUCUUUAUUAAAAAAACUCAGUAUUACGUUUGGGAAGUAUUUUCGAUAAAAGGGUAUAUUUUUUAUAUCCUUGGAAGAUUGUGUAUUGUACAGAGCAAUGUGAUGCUAAUGACGUAGCUUUGCCAUAUUUUUGAUUUUUUGUUAAUUUUUUUCGUUUGUUUACUCAUUUUGUUUUGUUUAAUUAAUUUUUUAUUUUUACUGUGACGAUGAUUUCGAAGCAUUUAUACGGAUACAUAAUUUUUAAUUUUUUUUUUUUUUAAGUUACCACGUUGAAAAUUUAUUAUUUUGUGUUCUUUUAUAUUUUUUAAACAUUUUGGGCGAAUUGUAUCGACAUUUACUUUUAUAUAAAUUAGUCAUCAAAAGAACAGAGACUGUUUAUUAUAAGAAAUGAAUUUUUUAGCGCAUUUUUAUUUUAUUUUUUUAAAUAAUAAUGGUGUAUUGUGUAGAUACUUACUUUUGGUGAUUCAUUAAGAUAUAACUCAAUUGUCUGGUAGUUUGUGUAGUGGUUCUUUUUAAAAUACAUACCGUUUUAUUUUUUUGUUUGA